AUGACUGGGGACACCCCGCGCGCGGCACCGAGCUGCGCCGUGAUUGGCUGCAGGGCUGGGUUGCAGUCACAAUGGGCUGCCGCGUGCCCGGGGGCUUCACACCUGGCGGGGAUCAAGAUGGCGGCGGGUGGUGGUUACCUGCUGCUCCUCACCUGUCUCGUGGGUCAGCUUCCCCUGGUGCACUUUAUUUCAGAGCUUACUCAUCUCCCUGAGAAGAGAAUUCCACCUGAGGAGAAUGCUCACAGACAACAGAACCAAAUCUCCAUGGAGGGCCGUAGAAGUGACCCCCCUCCCAGAUUGCAUGGAGGUCACCCAAGGAAAGUGCCACAGUUCCCUGGAGGAGAGCAGCUGAAAAGCAACCAAUUGCAGCUCAGGCGUAAACGUUACAAUUCCCAUGCUUUACAUUCUAUAGGUGAUGAAAACCGUUUAAAGAAUGAGGAUGCAGUGGCUGGACACAAAGAAUAUUAUUUGCCCAGACCGCCUCCUAGAAUGCAUCCACAUGUGUAUGAAGAUCCUGUCAAUCAUGGUGAAGAGGAAGUUAUCAGAGACGGAUCCAGAGAAGUUAUCAUUCCUGAAUCUUCAUUUGGAGUCACUCCACAUAUAUAUCAAGACUUAGAAGAUGAAAAGUUGAGACAGGCUAGUAAGCACCACAACCUUGAACAUGAACGUGAGCACGAACGUGAACAUGAACAUAGACAUGAGCAUAAACAUGAGCAUAGACAUGAGCAUGAACAUGGACCUACUAUUGAGCAUAAUAAUUAUUGGAUAGUUGGGCAAAGACGCUUCAGAAUGAUUGUUAUCAUUAUUUUAGCUGUUAUCGUGAGUUUUAUUGUAUUGUUGAUAUUGACCUGGUUCCUUCUCCCGAAAAAGAAUGUAAAGAAAGUAAAGAAAACGUAA